AUGUUUGAAUAUUAUGCAAUAGGAAAAGAAUCAAAUAAAAUUCAUGAUAUUCAUAAAUAUCUCUUGACUCUCUGCAAUAAAAAAAUGGUUGAUAAACUUUUGAAAACCUAAAAUAAAUAGUAAAGAGUUAGCAGUUCUGUAGAGUAAAAGACUAGACCAUCAAUUAGUUAUCGUCCAAAAGAAAAAUAUCCAACUUUAAUUGGAGCUCAGUAUAAAUAUUUUAAAGCAUAACCAAAAAGGAAACAAAUUUAUUUAAGCACUCUUUAAAAUGAUCAAUCUUAAUCAACCCCAAGAUUGAAAGCCAAUUCGAUAAUUUAGGAAUAAAAAAUAGAGAAUUAGAUGAAUUCAGCCCGAGCAAUACAAACUGCAUAUUAUCAAAUAGAAAGAAAUGAGUCGUCUUAGAAAGCAGAGAAAUCUUCUAAAAACUACUACUUACCUAAAUGUGAUAGUAAUUGGAUUACUCAUUUAAAAAGUAUCAGAUCAAGAUAAGAAUAAUAAUGA